GCUCAACCUCGGUCUCUAUUUACCGGAUAUGCAGACUGAAAUUUAGCAGUACGAGACACAGACCAUAUUAUUUCCACUCCCACCAAUGACCAAACUAAACCUAAGUGCUAGUAUUAACGUCUCACGUUUACUCUACAACCCCGCAUUGUGCUUGCCCAACCUCAUCAUCCCGACGUUUGAGACGUUGCCGAUUCCCUUACAGUUUCCUCACCAGCCGGCGAAUGUCACCAUCAAGGCGGUGGUUUUGGACAAGGACAACUGUUUCGCCAAAGACCAUGACGAUAAGGUCUGGCCAGCCUACUCGGCGGUAUGGGAGAGGCUCCGCAACGAAUACCCCAAGGAGAGCUUGUUGAUUGUCAGCAACUCCGCAGGUACGGACGACGAUAUCAACCACGUACAAGCCGAAAAGUUGGAGCGCGACACCGGUGUGACCGUUUUGCGUCACUCUACUAAAAAGCCCGGCUGCCACGCGGAAAUCAUGGAGUACUUCCAGUCCCAGGGUUUGGUGGAAGGACCCCAUGAGGUGGCCGUAGUCGGCGACAGGCUCUUCACAGACAUGCUCAUGUCGAACAUGAUGGGUUCUUGGGGGGUCUGGGGUAUAAACAUUCAUCACCUGCAUACUGUGGCAAGGGCUCGUGGCUGGUUCCUACAUGAAAAAAAAAUCGAUGGACAACCUUUCAACCGCUUGCUCUCCUUCUUCCCCAUACACACCCCCGCCAUUAUGAGCUCCCGCGGUAUGAGAAGGCUUGAGAAACAGCGUCUCAAGAGCCUUGCGCCUGUUUCCAGCGAAAGUGAACCUGAAGAAGAGUACACGCCAAAGACCAACGCGUUUGCGUUUUUGGGUGGCGAAACCUCAGAAGAGGAAACCAGCACAGACUACGAGGACUGCCUGCAGGGUGACUCCAAUGAGCCACUUCCGCAGCCGGUAAAGAUCAGCGCACCGAAAAAGGCCCGAAAGAUCAAACAGACACGCAAGAGCAAACAACCAGUGGUGGAUAGCGACGAGGAGCUCGAUCGGAUUUUGCAGGAGUACGCGGUAAAGGAAGAGAAAAAAGAGGUCCAGGAAGCUGAUUCGGAGGACGAGGAGACUCUGCCAGUGUCUGAGGACGUUAUUGAUCCAUGCUUCAAGGUAUUCACGCCCGCUCGGUUCGCGCGCUGCGUCGCGCUUCUCGCGCUCGAUCCACGCGACUUGGACCCCGACAGAGAGUUCCGCAACUUGUUUGGGAACCUCCUGAUAGAGGCAAUUGAGGAUGCAGACUCCACAUCCUCGUCGUUUAUCUCCCCCGAGCAAAUGAAGCAGAUCCAGAAGAUGAAAAAGCUCGUGCGCGGCUGGGGUGGCAGUGACCGCCGCUCGAUCCCUGGAACCACACGCAAACUUGUGCUCACCAAGAUCCGCGACGACUGGCUACCGUCGCCACGGAAAGAAGUGGGCAUGGAGGAGAUUUCAGCUCAAGCUCUAGUGGAGUUGAAGAUGAGCCAGUCUGAGGACUGGAUGGAUGUGAUCAGAGAUGAAGUCGCCGAAGAGGCACGCCGCGGGAUCAAGUAUUACAAAUUCACGCGUAACGUCGAUGAUCGUCUCACGAAUGCCAAAUUCUAUGUCGCGACGGCUGUCACGCCUGACCACGAGGCGUUGAUCGGGCUCAUGCACCUGGCACCGUACCACGUGGAGACGCUCAUCCAGGUGGCCACCAUUCUCGUUAGACAAGGCGACAAGAGUAACAGCAGCGGCUUGACAGAACGCGCGCUCUUUGUAUUUGACCGCGCGUUCCCGAAGUUUUUUGAGUUUGGCUCUGGGAUGGUCCGUCUUCCGUUUGCGUAUGCGCUCAACCGCCAGUUCUACCUCGCGUGUUUCCGUUAUAUCGGGGUGUUGACCCAGAAGUCAACCUUCUACACGGCUCUCACAUGGUGCAAGUUGUUGCUAUCGCUCGCCCCAGCGGAGGACCCGUAUGGUGUGCGCUACUUCAUUGACUUCUACGCCAUCAUGAGCGGGGAAUACCGCUAUUUGGUUCGCUUGUGCGAUUCGCUGUUGGUGACGACAUACGCCCGCUGGCUCACCCCGGGCCUUGCCUACUCCAAGGUGCUUGCGCUCUUGUACCUAGAAGAACCAGUGCAGGCGGCCGCGGCAUUGAAGCAGGCAUAUUCCAGAUACCCCUACACGGGUUUCCAGCUCUUGGAAACCGUGGGUUUGGCGUUCCAUGUUCCAAUCGACCCCAAGUUGUUGCAGGUUGGCCCGGAGGUGGCACUCGCGACGGAGACGUAUCUCGUGCGUGCAGCUGCCAUGUGGUCAGAGGCCAAGCACCGCCAGUUCUUGCACGACACGCUCCUUCUGUUGGUAGGGACAAAGGUAGAGAGCACCAAAGAAGCAGCCGUGACGGAGCUCAUUCCGGCAAACUUGUUGAGGCACGCUAUCUUGUCCGGCGAGAGCAAGUUGAUGGCCAAAAUUCCGGCAGAGGUCUGGGAAGACAACGAGAUCUUUGACUAUGAUGUGCUUCCGCCGCAUGCGGACAAGAGCGGCCAGGUCGAACGCUUCACGGACUAUGUGGAUGAUAAUUUGGUGGCGGAAGCAAUCGCCGCGAGAAGUCAAGAUGACGACAUGAUGGAGAUGAUCCGCCAGAUGAGCUUGCGGGGGCAGGACCAAUAGACUUCACUGUCAAAGGAUAGUUAUAAGACGUAGAGAUUAUGGGUUUGACCGAACACUGGUCAACUCCAGAUCGUGGUGGAUAGACAUAAAUGCUAUAGUCGACUAUGAUUUAACUUUUACAUUUAACAGUUUCUAUCGAUAUUUAUUAUAACAAACAUCACUCAGGGU